AUGUCCAUAAUGAUGGGCACUACCUCGGGCGUUGAGGAAUCCUAUCAGCGUGCACAGGACAUGAUAAACCAAGUGACGAAAAACUUGAAAGAUGGAUUUGAAAAAACCUCGACGUCAUUUAUGCAGAAAAGUCUCGCUGGUCAUUCAAAGCAUAGUAUUCAUGCUAGAUUGACGCGGCUUUAUUUUGAAGAGUUGUCCAAAGUACCACAUGCGACGCCUGAUUCUGUUUUGUGUAAUUUAGAAAAUGAGUGUGACCUACUUGGUAGACUUGUACAAAGAGAAGGUUUACAUACGCUUAUUGUUAAUCUUUAUUCCGGUAAUAAAGGAUACUCAUUAGCUGUAAGAAAUAACAAUAAAAAUGAUUUUGAUAAAAACUCAUUCGCCGAAACCCAACUAAUGGGUUACGAACAAGGCGAAUUGCUAUCAUGCAUCGACAACGGGCAACUACCAUCAUCCUUAGCAGAACAAUUGGAGUACACAAAUUCUCAUCUCUUCUACGACGGGUGUAUAAUCGCAGAAGUAAGAGACUACCGUAAAAAUUUAUUUCACGGUAAAGCAGAGGUUCAUCACGUAUUACUUAAACCAACGACUCAGAGCAUCUUAACCGACAUAACAACUCUAACAAGCGACGGAGAUUGGAGCCACGAAGACCGUCUUCUACUCGAGUCACGUCUUCUUCAAGUAACUCAGGGCCCUUUGUGCCUAGACCCGGACCCAGCGCCGACAAUAGCUGCUGCCCGGGUCCGUUCCUCAAGGUCCAUCUGCACAGACACGACUCUCCAGCGACAGGCGAAGAAAUUCUCUCAAGUGACCGUAAAUCGUAAAAGAAAACUGGAACAACUGUCAUCAGCGAACGACGGAAUAACCAUCCAAGAUCUGAUGCAGCGUGUGCGUGUCAAGCGUGGCCAGUUACUUUCUACAUCUUGUCCCGCACCGCAGUUGAUAAGUCCGCCGUUACUGCCGCCAUCAUCGCCGAUAGAUGUUCUUACAUACGCGAAAGCGUACGAGCGCCCGCGUGAAACAAAAGACUGCUUACCAAUAUUAAUUGAAGAAUAUAUCCUCGAGACUGAACGCGGACAAGGCCGCGUCUAUCACAUAAAGCUGUCGAUCCUCCAGCGACCAUCAAACUCAGAAUAUCUCGGUGAGCUUUACGUUGAUCGGGAUUACCGCGAGGGGGAGCGCAACGGUUCUGCCUGUCGCUUCACUCUUGGAACCCGCGUGCAAGCGAACCAUUACAUGCAGCAGUUUACCGAGAUAUUCACCGAGGAAGGCCGGAAAAAUGUUCGCAUAAAACAUGUCGUGCCAGGACAACCAGCAAGGGUAACCUGUACCCCUGGAUUGCAGCGCCACCAAGCGGCUCAAGCUGCCCAGGCGGCGCUGGCUGCUCAAAUCCAAGCGCAGAACGCCGCUGCGCAGAUAAUAUCACGUGCUCAGGGACAACUCAACAAUUUAGGGCAAGUUAUUAAGAUAAAUGAUGACCAGCAAGUUCAAGUUCAGCCGCAGGUUCAGGUUCAGCAGCAAAACGGCGUCGAUGAUAGCCAAGUUAAUGGCUCGGGGAUUCUCGUGUUCCAGAAGUCGGUCAACAAUGCCCAGAAAGUUCCGGUUCUGCAGGCUGCGCUAGCAGCGCCGUCUCACGGGGAAACGAGCCAGGAUGUUGGGUACAAGAAACACUCUAACCCGGCGAUAAACGCUUUAGUGACGUCGCUGAUGAACUCUGCUCAGCAAUUCCAGCAGAAUCAACAAGCCGCUGCGGCUGCUGCUGUUCUUAAUAACAAUAAUGUUAAUGUACUUCAGCAGCAGAUCCAGGUGCCUCAGGUGUCCCAGGUCCAGGUGCCGCAGAUCCAGCAGCAGGUGCCCCAGGUUCAGGUUCAGCAGAAGAAUAACAAUGCAGCUAUUCUGAGUCUGCUGAACAGUCCGAAUUGUAAUCAACAAAAGACUCGCAGGAUAUCAUUGAACGCUUCGAUACCCCAGCGAAUGCUGGGAACUGGUAACGUGAUAACGGUCCCGAACACCUCGGGACAGGUUAGAGUAAGUUUUAGCUCUGCGUUGACGAGCCAGUUUGCCAAGCAGCAGCAACCGGUUAAAGCUACGGCUGUGAGGCUAGCAAGAGUUCAGGAUAACACUUCCGCGCUGGGAUUGGCGAUGCCGGGACUCCACGCUCUCCUGGCGGGGACUCCGUCUGCUGAUAAUCCAUUGCCAAACAUCAACAAUGCGAGCUCGUUGUUAGAGAGAUUGACGAGUCAAGGGAGCGCACCGGCUAGUCCAAUGACCUCUCCUCCACCGGCGGCUGCUACGCAGGGAGUUAUCCAGGGUGUUAAUUUAACUAGUCUACCUAAUACUAUCAACGGAUUGCAGAAUGUACAGGUUUCUUUUCCUGGUUUGAGUUCUCCUAUUACGAUGCCUAUCAAUGUUUCGGCUGCUACGGCUUCGGUUACGCCCUCAGGGGUCAUUGUUUCGCUCCCGAUCUCGUCGGCUACCAAUAUUUGUACUACUGUUUCUAGUAUGGUCGCCGCUACAGUUGCUGUUACUACAGCAGGUGCAGGAUCCAAUCCUACUGUUGUGAUAGCUAAUCCUGCCAAUACUCAUUUAUCAUUGCCAAUAGUUGGUAUUUCAGCUCAAAUAAUACCAUCAGGUGUAAAAAAUAUAACACAUCAAAAUAUACGUAAUACUAGUGCUGUAACACUUUCUCAGGGUGGACAAGCAAUACAAUUAGUGGGAUCACAAAGACCGCGUCUUAAUCAAUUAACACGACAAGUACAAGCUAAUCAAGUUAAAUCGACAGUUCUUCCUAAUCAAUUGGUAACUGUUGCUAAAACAGUUACUGCUAGCCAAUUGAUAUUAUCUGGUAAUAAACAGGUGUUAACUCCAAUAAUGGCAUCAAAACCAGUGCUUAUGGCGACUCAAGCGACGCCGUCUUCCCAAGCUGUACCUGCAAACAAACAUACACUCCUUACUAAAUCACUGCACGCGCGUGCUAAUGUUAAUAAUCAAAUAGUUAAUCAACAGACUCAGGGCAUUAAUGUUGCCAGUAUAUCACAACAACAGUUACAACAAAUCCAACAAUGUUUAGCAGCACAACAAAAAGCUGCUGUUGCUGCUAGUAAUUCUCCAAAUAGAAGUCAAAUUCAAUCACGAAAUUCUGCAUCGUCAACGCCCGGAGACGAAUCACUUUGA